GUGAAAUGACACAAUUUCUGUAGCAUCCCUGAUCAAGAUACGCCCUUUUUUUUACUUGAUGAUGACCUGAACAUACCUGAGAGAAGCUGCUCCUUUUGACUUUAGACUCCUGUAACCUAAAGGGGCUGCUGGUCUGGACAGAACCGCAGGGACAACACUGACGGUACUUUAGGCACAAGUGCAGUUUCGGCUGUGGCACCAACUCUCAGGUAGGGUAGGGGAGACCGGGGAUGGUCGUAACAUGUUUAACAUUUCUGUCUGUAUCUCAGAGCUCUUUUAAGCAAAUGCAUUCAAACUGUGACACAAACUAGGUAUAUGUGUAUCCUGCAACACAAACAAAAAAAGCAUAAUUUAGUCUCAAACACAAGGAGUGAAAUGUUACAAUUCGCUCCAUAGUCUGGGUUAGUUGUAACAUACCCUGGGGUGAAAUGUAACAUUAAAAAAACAGGAUAAUGAUAAAACUUUAUUGAUUAGAAGCUUUUUAUUGAACACUUUUACAGCAUUUUAACAUAACUGGUGUGCGUGUGUGUGUUGUAAAUAUGCAUCAACUGAAUAUACGUAGGCUAUGUGUGUGUGUGUUUGCAGUGACUUCAACAAUUAAGCAGCAUUGUGUAUGUGUGUGUGUGUGUGUGUGUGUGUGUGUGUGUGUGUGUGUGUGUCUUUUAUCAACAUUUCAAUAUAACUAACUGAACUAUAUUUUUAGAGGUACCCCCCCGGUCAGUCUUUCUCUUCCAAAAAAUAACUCAGACCCUUUUCACCAGAAACUAGCUUACUUUACAGCUAAAAGCUACAACUUUGGCAUGAACAACUUGCAAGAAAAAUAUGUACAUAGACACACAAAAAACAUGAUUUAAAUUUGAUAAGUUCAACUACAAAGCAGGCAAUGCUAUCAUAAAAAUAACUACAUCAAAAAAAAAAAAUUCUUACCUCAAAAUUAUUAUUUUUUUUCUCUUAAAACUGUCUGAGUCUACCGCAGGAACCUUCAUGUACACAUGAAGGUCUUUACACACCGGGAACGACGCAAAUAUACGAUGCGAAAUUACAAAAUAUCCGGAGGCGAAUUUUGAGGAGAAAAAAGACGUGUCCCGGGUGGAAGCAAGAAGACUGACACAACAGCAGACUGAGUGUUUUUCAGUUCUGAUUAGACUCUAGUGUUGAGAUGUCUGUCUGUCAUGAUAGCAUGUACUGAGUCAGGGUCAGUACCAGAUAAACACAUUAAACUAUAAUCCAUAAAUUUAAGGUAACAACCGAGACCUAUUGGUGCUGUGACAGCAACACGAUUGAGUUUGAGACAGUGAAAAUACAUAUGGUAUGUUGCAUCUGAAGAGGUUAGCUUAUUAGCUAAAGUUACUUAGCACAGAUGAACAAAGACGUUUAGCAAACUGUUAAAGCAUGCAAACCAUCGUCAUAUGAGAGAUCCGAUGCUAUGAUUCUCCACGAGUUGUCCUUCAGGUCGUUAUCUUUGGAAUGUUUGUGAUUUUUAUCAAAAAGCACUCUGUUCUCCGACACGUAAACAAUCAGCCAGUCGGCCAUGUUGGAUAUACCGGUGAAUCUGACCCCUUUGGCCCCUUUACCACGCAGUAAAAUCCAGUAAACCCUGCUGAAAAAAACUUUAAAAAUGAGCGGUCAUGUUUAAUUCUGUUUAUUGAUUUAUCAUUAAAAAAAAACAGUUUGUAUGCAGAAACACUUUGAUGUAUAUAAAAGCUGAUUUUCUUUCUUGUGUUGCUCUGUUCAAGAACCUACAGUCGCCCCAGACCUCUUACAACCAUGAGGUGUCAAAGGUAUUUAGAUUUAUAGGUGUUGAUGCUGAUGUCUUAAUUUUGGUUAAAGUCUUAAACAGACCGUCUUUGUCUUUAUUCCUGCAGGUUCUCUGUGAAUAUUAAGUGUGCUCUAAAAUGUGUGCUUUUCUUGACUGCUGCAUUUUGUGUUCUCUACUACGUAUUUCUUUCUCAGAGGUGAGUACCAAACCAAAGCAGGAGUGAGGCAACAUUAAACUGAGAGGGCUGUAGGAAUGGCUGCAUAGCAAAGCAGUAAAAGAUCAGAUUGGUUUUUGGUUUGACUUGAGUUGAUAAGGAUCAAUGCUGAACUAAUAACAAUCUCAACAUGUUUUUGACGCCAGAAACUCUACAGACCUCGAACCAAUGAACGAAGAGAUGAUGUUACGGGAAAACAAUCAAAACAUCAAUCUUGAUCUUGGGUAAGACCAUCAUGUUCUUACUUCUAAACAACCUGUUUUACAAGGGAUGUUUUCUAACCUUUCGUUUUAUUAGCUGAUGUUUCAUUUCACACGUAGCCUUUAAGCAGCGGUGCAGUUUGAACACCCACACCUUGGAUGACCACAGACUUUGUAGAAAACUGUUACUGGUGACAGAAGUUUGUGGUGUAGAGAAUUUCCUGUGCUGUGUGUAUGUGUAACUGCUGGCCGUCAGUGCAACUCGAUUGUGAUCUUCAUUAAAGUAAUCCAUAAAUUACAGGUAGUUUUAGAGAUAGAUGACCCCAUAACAAAGUACAGAAAAGGAUUAGGACCACUAUAAGAUAUAUAUAAAAAUAUAAAAGGUCAGGUCUUUGUGUAAGAGUAAAGUCAGAAGUCUGAGACAAAAGUCAAAACUCUGACCUUAUUCUCAUAGUUCUGACUUUAGGCUUUUUUUCUAAAUUUUAGACUUUUCUCUAAGAAUUCUUAGAUUAAAAUCAGAAGUCUGAGUUAUUUCUCAGAAUCAAAAAUAGAAAAAAGUCAGCAUUUUGAGUUUUAAGUCGGACUUCUAUUAAGUUUUGAGUUUUUGCUCAGAAUUCUGAGAGUAAAUGUAUAAUUCUGACUUUAUCAUGAUUGCGAUUAGAAGUGUUGAGCUGAGCUGCUAUCUCAGUACAAUGAAAGAUUCGAAAAGUUUUGAUUGAACACAGGAAGUUGUGUCUAACCACUUGAAACCACAACAGAUGGCUCCAGCAGUUCAGAAUGCAGCAGCUCGGCUUUUAACUGGUUUUAGUCAAUGGCCUCUUAUCACAUCAAUUUUAGCCUCCCUUCACUGGCUUCCUGUCAGUUUUAGAAUUGAUUUUAAGAUUUUGUUGAUUACUUUUAAAGCGCUCAAAUGACUUGCUCCGAGCUACAUUUCAGAGCUUUUGAUACCUUAUGAGCCAACUCGUAGCCUCAGAUCCUCUGGUGAAGACCUCUUGGUCGUUCAAGAGUCGAGGCUCAAAACUAAAGGUGAUAAAGCUUUCUCCAUCAGAGCUUUGGAACGACCUGCCAGAGGAGAUAAGGCGUGCAGAGACAGUCACUUUUUUAAGGUCAAAUUUAAAAACUCACUUUUACAGACUUGCUUUUAUGUGAUGCCCUCUUUUACCUUUUUUCUUUUAUCUCUUUUACCUCUAUCUUAUUCCACUUACUAUCCUUUUGGCCUUUGUUUUACUUAUAAUCUUUUCUUAUUUUACCUUUUAGGUCCUUUAUUGAUUUUAUUGAUUUUUUCCUGCUCAUUUUUAUUAUUCCAUUUUAUCAUUAAUAUUACCAUCAUAAUUUUAUUAUCAUUAUUAAUAUCCUCUUUUAUACUUACUAUCCUGUUUCCUGCUUUCUGCCUCCCUUUUCUAUUUCAUUUCGUCUUUCUUCCUAUUUUAUGUUUUUAUUUUGGUCCUCAUGGUCUCAUUUUAUGUUGUAGGGUUCUUGUAUUGCCUGGGUUUCUUAUGAAAAAUGAAAUUGGCCUUCAAUUCGGAGGCCUUGUUUUUAACUGAGCUUUUGUUUUUAUUUGUUUUUAUUUUCAUGUGCUGAUGUUCUAUGCUUUGCAACUGUUGUAAAAAGCACUUUGUAAACUUCUGUUUUUAAAAGUGCCAUAUAAAUAAAGUUAUUAUUAUUAAGUGUAACACUGCAAAAAAGUGAAAAUUUAACUUUUCUAAAUGAGUCUUUGUUUGCAUCAGUUCCAGGCUUGAUGUGAAAACAAGCACAACUUGGGGAGCUCCAAUCAUGUGGGAAGGAAUGUUUAACCCAGACAUGUGUGACCAAAUUCACAAGAAAGAAGGAUCCUCUGUGGCUCUGACGGUGUUUGCAGUUGGCGGGUUUGUUCUCAUAAUAAUAUAUCCUGCUUAGGUUUAUUUAGCAUAUUUAUGUCCAGCAUUAUAAAAAUAAAACUGACAUUUUUUUGUCUCCAAUUCUGCUCCAGGUACCUGGAUGUUUACCUGGAGACCUUCCUGAGCUCCUCAGAGCAUCACUUUAUGCUGGGUUUGCCUGUCACAUAUUAUGUAUUUACAGACAUGCCAGAUAAAGUGCCGGCCAUCAAGCUUGCUCCUCAGAGAACUAUGAAGGUUAUUCAAGUGCAGAGGCACUCCAGGUGGCAGGACAUAUCUAUGACGCGAAUGAAAACUAUAGCAGAGGUCAUAGACGAGCAAAUUCGCCACCACUCCACGCAUGUCUUCUGCUUUGAUGUGGAUCAGUUUUUUACCGGACGAUUUGGUUCAGAGGCCCUGGGAGAUUCCGUGGCCCUCCUCCACGCCCACUUUUACAGACUUCCAGUAAAUCGUUUCACCUACGACCGAAACCCAAAAUCCAAGGCGUACAUGGAGACGGGGGAUUUCUACUAUCAUGCUGCAAUCUUUGGAGGUUCGUGGAAGAGUGUGAAGGCGCUGGCUGAGGCCUGCUAUCUGGGCAUCUUGGAGGAUAAGAAGAACAAUGUGGAGGCCAUGUGGCAUGAUGAAAGCCAUCUCAACAAGUACCUGUGGCUUCACAAACCCAGCAAAGUGCUCUCUCCAGAGUACUGCUGGGACACCAGUAUCCCUGACUCAAGGGAUAUACGAGUCACUCGGCUUCAGUGGGCACCAAAACAUUAUGAUAAACUACGCUCCUCCUGAAGUAGCUUGGGACUGAAGAGCAAAAUUACCUAAUGAGGAUUUCUUAAUAAUAAUUUACUGGGUACCUGUUGGCUUUAUCAAUCAUUUUCAUUCAAACAAAAAGUAGCAAAGUCUGGUCUCUCUGAAUUUUCUAAAACCUUUGCUCUUUUUUUCCCCACAUUUUUGUCCUUUUUCUUUUUAGCUGCUGAUGGAUAUUUGUUUUGGGGGUCAGAAUUUACUCAGGAGAAGAACUUCUUUCAUUUAGACGGAGCAAAUCUAGACAAUAUCAUCUAAUUCCAGUAGACAUCUGGAGGUGUUUUCAUGGUUGUCGUGCUAGUGCAAAGGUGAAGUCAAAGUUGAAAGCUCGGAAAUGGCGUUAUAAUAUAAGCCAUGGGGAAACAUCAACUCAGUGCCCAACUAAAGUAACAAGCUGGAAAUAUGAGUGAGGACUGAGAAAGCAAACUGUGAGUGCAACUCGGACUCCAGUGUGGAUCUACCUGGUUUCACUCUCAUAAGGUCGGACAGAGAUGCUGAAGCUAGUGGCAAGAAGACAGAAGGGGGUCUGGCUUUAUUUAUUAACCAGAGAUGGUGUAACUCAUAAUACAUAACUGUCAAGGUGAAGUUGUGUUGUCCAGAUAUUGAACUGUUGGCUCUUGCUCUUCGGCUACAAAAUAAAUAACAAUAUUUGCAUUUAUGUAUUCUCCAUGAUGCUGUUGCUAGGAUACAGACUUGAGACCUCAGCCAUGUCACCCGCUCCUCUCACUUAACUGGAUUUACAGUUUUUUUUUAGCUGACCUACCAGAAAAAAAUUUGCAUGUAAUUCCAGAUAAAUGAAUUU